AUGGCUCCCAGGAGGAAACGCGCUGCUGUAACGCCCACAAUAGCAGAGGAAGCAGUCGAAGUUCCUAAGGUUGACACUUCGUUCGUCGCAUGGAUGAAGGAGCAGGAAGCUGCGGGCAUAAGGAAGGGCCAACUCGUAGGUGUUACCGAUCACCGUGCUCCACACGUCACGACCGCAUCGGCGACGUUCUCGCCUUCUGUGGACGGUGGUGGUAUUGGCACUGAUGUUGACAACGACAACUACGAUGGCCUUGAUGCAGCGGACAACGUGGACACUGACAUCGACACAUACUACGACUCGGACGGGUACACCGGCACCGACGUUGUCGAUGAUACGGAGGGCAGAGACACGCCUGCUGAGGAGGCUGGGUCGUCGCGUGAAGGCAAGCGUAAGGUGGCGCCUGGUCGAUCGAAGAAAUCGCAUUGGAGCGAGGAAGAGCUUACCGAAUUCGCUGCGGCUAUGUGGUUUUGCAAAGACGACUUCGACAAGAUGAAAGGCAAAGAAGGGGCGCAGCCGUGGAAGAAGCUUCGUCGCGUGUUACGCGAUGCCAACCCCAAGUGGCGCCGCCCGUCGGACUCGAUGAUGAAGCAGUGGCCGCGGUUGAAGGCGAGGAUGGAGGAAAUCAAGUUGGCGGAUACGACCUCGGGUAACUCGUUGAUGCCAAAGCCCGAGUGGUUCGACUUUGUCUUCAACUGUUGUUUCGCCGAUCGCGCCCCGAAUCCGCACGUGGUGGACGAAGGAGGCGCGCGCACUCAGCACGCUGUCCCGGGUACCUCCACGCCUGUGGUCCCGGCUAGCGUAGCCCCCAAUGGUACCCAGCCCGCGCCUACAUCGGUUGGGCCUGCUGCAGCCACUAAUGAAGCAACCAUGCAGCCCCCUAUGAUCCCCCCCGGCCACGACAUGACAACGGCGCGUCAGCUGUAUGCAGGGGCGCAACCCGCGGUCGCCAUGGACAGCAAUGGGAACUGGUUCUUUACUGGCUCCCCGUCUGGACCGCAUGGCCCUCAUGCCGCCUAA